AUGUUUUGCUUAUUAAUCCGGAGANAUCGUCUAAUAUGUCCAUAUAAUUCGUCUCACCGUAUCGGAAAAGAAAUUUUGGAUCAACACUUGGAAGAUUGUCAAUGGAAAAGAGAUGGCUAUAAUAAAUGUCAUGUACCACUGUCUGAACCAAAUUUAGAUUUGUGUUCUCCUUUCUCUAUAAAAUUGGAUGCAGUUUUGCAAAAUAGCAUCAUAGAAGAAGCUAGAAGAAAGGAUUCUACAAUAAGCAUUGGUUUGGGUGAUCGGUUAAUUCCACGAACAUCCGAUAGAAUCUUCACAGAUUUUACUCGCGAUGAAAGGAAAAUAUUAUACGAAUAUGUCGUCUCCCGUACAAUGAAAGUGGACGUUGGACAUGACUUUACAGAUACCAAAACAUUAGUCUGUAGAGAUAAAGAUAACAAACAGUUAUCGUUUCUGGAGAUACUGGUUCAAGAACGUAAUUUAAAACGACGUAGGGCUAAACACAGAGGUGUUCAUACCAAUAAAAAGUCUCACAUGGAAAUCCUCAGAGAGAUCAUAGAUCAACAAAUGGAGUUGUACGUCGAUCAUGUCACGCAAGAACAUCAAAUUAAUCGUGAGACGAAAGCUGUAGAUCUCAGAAAAACUGAAAGUCCAAGGAAACAUCUGGGUGACACUGUACAAAACACAUCCUCGUUGUCUCCCACCGAUUCUCGUUACAACUGUCGUCAUCUUUUACUUAGGGACUCUCAGAAUGAUCACGGAGGUAACAAUCUCCGAAACGAUCGUAUCGAACCGUCGCACGCAUCUUCGUUCAGAGAUCGAUACGGGCGAGACAAGUAUUCGCGAACUACAACAGAAUCGCGAAACUCGAAGGAAUCACGAAAACCGCAGACACAACGUAAACAUAAACGUUCCCGUUCCAGAGAACGCGAUUAUAGCAAAAAGAGUAGACGAGAGUUCUCCGAGAAGACUUACGCGAGGAAUGUUAGGAAGUAUGAGAAACCGGAAAGUAUGACAAAGAACUGCGAUCAUUUUAAAAAGGUGGAGAAGAACCAUUAGCGUCUGUUGUUAUCGUGAUGUUUUGCUUAUUAAUCCGGAGAAAUUGCUUAUAUAAAUACGAUUGCUGUGUAUGCGUUUAUG